ACUCAGAGUCACGUGACCUCGUCGGCUCACAGUCACUGGUCGGGCUGCGCGCGGCUGUCUGCGUCUGUUUUCCCCGAUCACAGCGGGGCUCCUUUCCGUCUCCUCAGCGGGCAAAGCGUCGCCUCCUGUCACAAACUAUGGAGCUUUCAGCGUCGGGGGACCGCGUGUUUGCCGCCGAGGCCAUUCUGAAGCGGCGCGUCCGCAAGGGACGCAUGGAGUACUUGGUCAAAUGGAAAGGCUGGGCUAUAAAGUACAGCACUUGGGAACCAGAGGAGAACAUCCUCGAUGACCGCCUCGUAGCAGCUUUUGAACAAAAAGAGAGAGAGCAAGAACUUUAUGGACCAAAAAAGAGAGGUCCCAAGCCUAAAACACUCCUUUUGAAGUCACGAGCACAGGCUGCUGAGAGCUCACCCAGAGUCCUUGAGUUUAAACCUAGUCGGCCCCAGCCGUCCUCCAAACCUCCGCCUCCGCCUCCACCUGCAUCCUCGUACCAUCCCAGUGGCCCUUCGAAUGCUAAGCUGCAGUCCGGUGCGGCCCAGCCCAAAUUGAAGAAAGACAUCCACCGAUGUCAUCGGAUGGCACGACGGCCUUUGCCCCGUCCUGACCCUUUAGCUCCUCCAAUCGGUUCUUCUGGUCCCUUCUCGUCCCGUCCUACAGUCAGUCCCUUCUGCGAGACAGUCCGCAUCCUUAACCGGAAGGUCAAACCUCGUGAGGUCAAAAAGGGACGGGUGAUCUUGAAUCUAAAAGUGAUGGACAAGACUGGGCCAGCCAAUAACAAAAGGACACAAAAUUCCAGCCAUCAGUCUCAUCUUGGGCGCCAGAAAGUUCCCUCUCGGAACAGAGUGAUCGGGAAGAGCAGGAGGUUUGGAGAUGUAUCUUUUAGAUGCCUGCAGCAGCCCAUGGGUGGAGCUGGAUUUUCAGUUUUUAGAAAGCCAAUUGAGGCUUAUCCGAUGGACCCCUCUGAGGAAAAGCCGAAGGCAGAACAAAGUGGUCACAAACCAGGUACGAAUCCAUCGCCAUCUUCCUCUCAAAGUUCAAAAGUAAAGAAUUCAGCUGUGCCUGAAGCGCUUGUCGAGCCACCUCGAUCUGCUUCGAGCUCAGAAGUCUCGGACAGUGAACCUCAUCCCCCACUUCCACCACAAUUCCACCCCAACCAGUUACCCCAAUCAGGUGAGGCCAACUCUCAAAUUUCACAUGCUGCCAAAUCCAGUCCUCAGCUAACAGACUCGAAAGCCAAAUUGACUCAGUCAGCCAUGCCUUCCUCCCCCAUGUUCUCUUCCUCCUCCUCUUCCUCAUCAUUAUCAUCCUCAUCUGAAGAGAAUGAGCAUAUCCUGGAUCUCUCUGUGCCUCAUGGAACUGAUAGGAGAGCCAGACAGCGGCAGCACUUUCGUGGCCGCCGGCAGCCCAAAGUUCCUGAAAUUCCUAUAUCCGAAGAGGCCUCGGAGGAAGACCAGGAUCUGGAUUGGCAUCCGGAGAUGGCUGCACAGUGUGCCAAUGUGGUCAUUACGGACGUUACAACCAACCUCCUUACUGUCACUAUUAAAGAGUUUUGCCACCCUCCUGGACUACCGGCAGUGGCCUCUUCUCCCUGCUGUGCCAAUAAUUUACCUUCUUCAAAAAUUAAUACUGUGGGGGUUUUUUUCUUCUUCCUUUUUUAUUUUUUUAUCCGUUUCUCAUCUUCACCGCCUGCUCAAACCGCCACCCUGAAGUUCAUUGUUGUGAUCUUGGCCGCCGGGAUGGUGGCAUUUGUCGGAGCCGUAAUCUGCAUCAUCGCCGCGGUGCACGGCGGCUCUCCCUCUCCCGCAGCCGCCGCCUCGACCGCCGCACAGCCUCUCGCCGAUAAUCAGUCCCUGACUGCGGGUUCGAGUGUCCUCACCUUUCCAUCAGGCUCCGUGGCCCGGGCAGGACCGAUGGACGCGCUCCAUGGCAGCGGAGAGAGAAACAGCCCGGAGUCUCCAACCUUCUACGGGAUCACCGGUGUGAGAACAGGAGGCGAUGGCGGGGAGCAGCAGGUGGUAACAGUCAGCAGGCUGAUCUGUACUCCGGUUCCGGCUGGAGAGUGCAGACCGAAAGGCUUCCAGGCGGACGAUCAGUCUGUGUAUGCGGGGGAUCAGUCGGGGGAUCUCCGCACCACAGCAGAAGAGCUCAGGCGCACCGUGGAGCAGCAGGAGGAAGAGAUCCGCGCCGAGCAGCGCACUAUCCGCGAGCUCACCGGGAGACUCUCUGUCUGCGAGAGCGGCACACACAGGAGCGAGGGCUUACGGGCUGGGAGGAGGGACAGCAGAGACGGACUCAUGAUGCAGGACGACGCAGGACCGCCUGCACUCACCGUCCGGGAACUGGAAAGAGCCAUCAUGCACAUGAAGGAGCGCAUCGAGAAACUGGAGGCCGAAAUGGCUCCACUGGCUCACAACCACACAGAGUCGGGGCAGAAAGGCAAAGGCAGUGUCUCGAGCACAAUCGCGGUGCAGGGAGCCGCAGCACAGAGGAGAGUGGAGGAUCUGGAGCGGGAGCUGAAGCGGAAGAUGCAGGUGCUGGAAGAGGAGAGGAAAGCACUUCGCAAGGAAACCCAGAAACAUCAGCAGCACAUUGACCAUGGACUGGACGCUGUCCACCAAAGAAUCAGCAGCCUUGAACAAGGUCAGUCUGAGAACAGGUUCCCGGAGGGUUACAGGCUCUCCUUUCCUCUGAGAACCAGCUCAAUGUAUGCUGUGGUGAAGCGAGCAAUCCCUAUACUCCACGCCCUUACUGUCUGCAUGUGGCUCAGACCUGCACAGAGCAUCCUGGGAACUGCAGUAUCUUAUGCCGUGUCACAGGACCCUCAUGAGCUGAUGCUGCAGCAGUUAGUCCAUGGUCCUGUUGAGCUCAUCAUCAAAAAUGAGGUGGCACAGUUCUAUCUGAACCUGACGGCGGCUUCUUGGCAGCAUGUGUGUGUCAGCUGGAACAGGAGAGGAGGAGUGUGGCACGCCUACGUGGGAGGCAAGCUGAAAGGUGAGGGGAAGGACCUGGCAACCCGCCACUACAUCCGUCCCGGAGGAACGCUCGUCCUGGGCCAGGAACAGAGUUCAAUAGGUGGACUUCGUUUCGAGGCAUCACGGGCUCUCAUAGGUGACCUCUCUCAGUUUAACGUGUGGGACCGGCCGCUGACUCGUGCAGAGCUUUCUGCACUAGCCCACUGCAGCACAGGCAUGCUGGGUAAUGUAGUCCCUUGGACCAGCCGCGAGGUGGAAGUGUUCGGAGGGGUCACCAAGCAGCCGGCCGAGCACUGCAGUCAUCACACUAGCAUGCAGCAGUGAGGGGUUACAUCAGGUCAUGUGAGAAGAGGCUGGGGUGGUGGGUUUCUGAGACAAGGUCAGCUGAAAGGAGACUGGAAAUGCUUGUGUGCAAUGUCUGCUUGAACCAAUUACUUAAACUCAAAAUAGAAGAAAAUAGUGAGUUAUUAUUUAUUUUUUACCAGAAAGUUUUUUUUUUAUGUUUUGGGAAAGAGACAGGAUUUAGAACUUGUGAGAUAAACAUUCCAUGUUCGUUUCUUUUUACUUUGAUUUACUUUGAUUGAGUUACAUUCAGGCAUUACAUCAGUUUGUUUAUUUCUUGCACUUUAUAUUUUUGUUAUUCUUCAUGUUGAAGAUACAAAUAUUACAUAAUGAAUAUCUUCAGCUCACGAACAGAACCUAGUCCUGAUUGCAAUGCCUGUAGAAAGGGAAGAUAUGAAGGUAUUUAAAAUUAAAAGUAAAAAUGCAAUGCAAUGUAUACAUUUCUGACAGGGGACAGGGGACAUUAUCCCCUGUUCAACUACUGGCAAAUUUGGUUAUUUAUGUAAAAAAAUCUCCAAGUUCACCCCACACCACCAGCUCCUGGAUGCCCUGAAGUAAUCACUAGGGAGGGGGCGCUCGAAGAAAGACACUCUAUAUCAAACAAUUGCAAACAAAACACAGGUUUAUGUAUAAUUUUUUUUUGUGAAAUAUAGGUGUGCAACAAUUGUUGGCACUCUUUUAGUCAAUGCUUUCUGCUACCUCCCUUUGCCAAGAUAACAGCUCUGAGUCUUCUUCUAUAAUGCCUGAUGAGGUUGGAGAAUACAUGGCAAGGGAUCUGAGACCAUUCCUCCAUACAGAAUCUCUCCAGAUCCUUCACAUUUCAAGGUCCAUGCUGGUGGACUCUCCUCUCCAGUUCACCAAACAGGUUUUCUAUGGGGUUCAAGUUAGGAGACUGGGAUUCCCAUGGAAAGAUCUUGAUUUUGUGGUCAGUAAACCAUUCUUGUGUUGAUUUUGAUGUAUGUUUUGGAUCAUUGUCCUGCUGGAAGAUCCAACCACGGCCCAUUUGAAGUUUUCUGGCAGAGGCAGUUAGGUUUUCAUUUAAUAUCUGUUGAUAUUUGAUUGAGUCCAUGAUGCCAUGUAUCCUAACAAAAUGUCCAGGUCAUCUGGCAGUAAAACAGCCCCAAAACAUUAAAGAGCCACCAUAUUUAAUCGUGGACAUGAGAUAUUUUUCCACUCUGUGUGCGCCAAAACCACCACUGGUGUUUAUUACCAAAAAGCUUUAUUUUGGUUUCAUCUGACCAUCGAAAUCGAUCACAUUUGAUGUUCCAGUAGUGUCGGGCAAACUGAAGAUGCUUGAGUAUGUUUUUGGAAGAGAGUAGAGGAUUUUUUCUUGAAACCCUUCCAAACAACUUGUGGUGAUGUAGGUGACUAACUUUUGUUGGAGAUUUUUUGGCCACUUAAACCAUCCUCUUCACAGUGCGUUGAGACAAUAUAGACACACGUCCAAUUCUAGGUUGAUUCAUAACAUUUCCAUUUGACUGGAAGUUCAAAAUUAUUGCCCUGAUGGUGGAAAUAGGCAUUUUCAACGCUUGUGCUAUUUUCUUAUAGCCACAUCCCAUCUUGUGAAGCUCAACAAAGGUUUCCCACACAUCACAGCUAUAUUCCUUGGUCUUAUACCCCUGUGAAACAGGAAGUCAGGGUUGAACAAUUUCCUGUUCCGAGUCACCCAGCUGUACUAAAAUGUGUAAAAGAUCAAUGGGAAUAUACUUAUACAAAAUAUUUCAUGGGAAAAUAUCUCAUAUGAAUUCACAGGGGUGCCAAUAAUUGUUACACACCUAUAUUUAACAAAGAUAUUUUUUAUAAACCUAUGUUGUGUUUGCAAUUGUUUCAUAUCCAUGAGAGCAGAGUAUUAUUGUGAAUUGUUUUAUCAAAAUAUUAAACAAUAAAGACACAUUUUCACAGCCUUCUUUGCUCAUAUUUACCAAGGGUGCUAAUAUUAGUGGAGGACACUGUAUAUAAAGAUUUUGGUCAUUUUUACAUCUCAAAUAAUUCAUUAAUGGACUCAGUUAAUUCCCAGCCGCUGAUCAUGACUUUAUAGCAAACAUUGUGUCUUUGCCCUUGACAAAACAUUUAAAAGGUCUGAUUUCCCGUUAUCUUUCACAAGUCUAGUGUAGCUGAGCAUGUUUGUGUCUGACAAUACAGCACAAAGUUGUGUGGAAUGAAUAAAAUACCCAGGGAAUGAAUACUUCCAAUGUCACCCUGGAUGAGUUGACGUUAUAUUCUUUGACUCACGUCUAAGGCUAAGUUUUUUAAACUACACUAAUAAUGGACCAAUACCUUGGUUUAAAAUCCUAAAUUAUUAAAACAAGAUAUAAUACAGCUUAAUGUCCAUUUUUAAAAUCCUUUUCCAUGAAAUUCUCUGGAGCUGCUCUUUAUUAAGUAAAUACAGUGAAGCUAAUAGGAAAGUUACAUACUUAUAUGAUUGAGGAAUGUUAACCUCAACCCACUUAUGGAAGUAUUGUAUUUUAUUUUCUGAGAAAUCUUGGCUCAAACUGUUUUCCUACCUGACCUUCCAUAAGGUCCAUAAAACAUUCCAUAAUCCAUGAUGUUUUGCAUUUCUUUAAGCCGUUAUUGUUGAUAUCUGUAUGUUUAACUUUUGAUAACUGUGAUUAAAAUCACAUUCAAUAUGAAAUGAGACCCCAUAAGAAGUGUACCAUGUAAUAUACCGUGUAUCUCAUGUAUAUAUGUAUAUCUGAUCAGAGUGUUAUAUCAGAGUGUGUUAUUAUUCUCUGAGUACAGAGACCAAGUGAGGUGGAAAGGUUCUGUUGAGGUGUCCGUACUGAAAAUGAACACAGAGCACAAACGCCAGCAAACAAUGGAUUUGUUCCUGUUACAGUUGGACAUGAAGCUGAGAAGAUAUAUUAAUAUUGGUUUGCACAUUUUCAUGAGUGAUAUUUGAAAACGGCAGCAGCAUGCAGUAGCACAAAGAUGAAAAUCUGACAGCUGAACUGAGAAGAACUAUUGAUCUAUCAUUUCUAUCCACUGUUUAUCUUCUUUAGAGUUCAUUAAGGUCCAGUUGUUUGAUACUGUUAACGUGGUACCUGUUAUUUGUUUAAAGUUUGAACUUAUGUGGUCACUGUGAUGUCAUGUACUUGGUGUAUACAUAAAAAUAGCUCAUGUUAAAAAGAAAAAUGUUGCUUGCGUCGGAAGCUUUUUGCUUUUGAUCUUUUUUCUAUACUCUGCUUUGGAACUGGUUGCUUUCCUAAAUUCUUCUCAUUCUCAUCUCUCACUCUCUCACUGUGUUAUCCCAU